AUGGUGCUUACGAGGUCUGCCGCUGCUGCUGCGAAGCCUUCUCCGACCGAGGCUGAACCCGGGGCUCCCAAGCCCCAGCCAGAGCCUAAGACCAAGCAGCGGAACUACCGCUAUGUGACGGAGGAUGGCGUGAAGCGCAUCUUGACUUACCACUACAGCGGCAGCGAUGCGUCGCUCUUGUACAGCAACGUGAUCUCCCCGCUGGCCCAAUGGCUCGUUGACCACGUGCUGUCGCCACGACUAGCGCCCAAUGCCAUCACUAUCGGAGCGCUGUCACUCGUUAUCUUAUCGCACGUGAUUAUGCUCUGGUACUCGCCGAAUAUGGUGGAGGAAGCGCCGCGAUGGGUCUACGCGAAUGCUGGCUUCUCGCUGCUGUUCUAUCAGGUAUUGGACGUGGCAGACGGCAAGCAGGCACGCAAGACGGGCAACUCGUCCCCUCUUGGCCUGCUAUUCGACCAUGGAUGCGACGCACUCAAUGUGGUUGUCAGUGCAUGCACAUUUGCAUCGACACUUGUGCUUGGACCAACGUACUGGUCGUUGUUGAUGUUCCUCGCGCCGGCUAUGGUGUUCUUCAUGGCGACGUGGGAAGAAUACUACACUGGCACGCUGGCACUUCCGACCGUCAAUGGACCGAACGAAGGGUUACUGUUCAUAUACUCGGUCUACAUCGGUACGGCUAUCGUCGGUCCGAAUGUGUGGACGCAGCCGAACAUCGUCUUUCCUCAACUGAACAACGGACACGUGGUCGUCCUGGGCUCGCUCACUACUGGUAUUGCUCAGUGUGUUUUCAGCGCUGUGAUUGCAAUUCGCUCCAUGGAGCGCAAGGCGAAGGAUGGCGCUGCGGCGCUGUUCGGCAUUACGCCUUUUGUCGCGCUCGUGCUCCUGUCUGGGCUUUGGGUGCUUUGGUCGCCCUCCGAUGUGUUUACGGACCACCCACGUCUCCUCAUCUGGACUGUGGGGCUCUUAUUCGCAAAGAUGGUGAUGCACAUGAUGCUCUCGCACAUGUGCGAUGAACCGUAUUGGCUGUUGCGCAAGACAUUUAUUAUCCAACUUGUCGUUUCUUUUCUGCUGGUGGUUGGCAUUGUGCCUUGGGGCCACGAAAGCUCUGUGGUGCAGCUCUUCUUCAUGAUCUCACUAGCGGCGUAUCUGCACAUGAUCUACUUCCUCUCCACAGAGCUCGCCACAAUCCUGGGGAUUCAUAUCUUCAAGGUGAAGCAAGGAUAG